CAAGAGGCUAAUGAAGAAUGAAUUGAAGUAUGUGCCUUUCUUUGGCUGGUCUUUCUACCUCACCGAGCAGCUUUUUGUCAACAGAGAUUACACAAGGGACAAAUCAUCUCUUGUGAAACAUUUUGAGAACAUCACCACAUUCCACUAUCCUUGUGUGACACUCAUAUUCUGCGAAGGAACUCGGUACACAGAGGAGAAGUACAAGAAGAGCCAGGCGUUUGCUAAAGAGAAGGGACUCCCAGGCUUAAAACAUCACCUCAUGCCGCGUACAAAAGGCUUCAAUCUCUGUAUGCAGACUUACAAAGGAAAAGUUCCAUAUAUUAUAGAUGCUACAAUAGCUUAUAAAGAUGGUGCUGUGUCUACACUUUAUGACCUGCUCUGUGGAAAGAAGUUCGAAUACCACAUAUAUAUGAGAGCAUUACCCCUUGAUGAGGUACCGACCGAUACAGAAGAAGCAACUGCAGAGUAUUGUCAUGAACUCUAUAGGAAAAAGGACGAGACAUUCCAGUACUUCCUAGACCACAACACCUUUGAGGGAUACGAUGCGGAGAGGGGGCAUAGCUUCUUACCCCCUACACCCACUCCUAAGUAUGUGAUGUCCUUCUGGUUCUUGGUGUUGGGGGUUCCCCUCAUAUACUAUGCCUUCGUCACGCUCCUGUCAGGCUCAACUCUUCUCAUCCUUCUGGUGGUCGGCGCCCUCUAUGCAGUGUUCACCUACACCAAGUCCAUUAUGAAUGUCACGGUAUCAUCCAGAGGUUCUACUUAUGGCAGCAUCAAGAGCAAUGGGAGUCAGGGGGUUAAGAAUGGCUCAGUGGAUACCAACAGUUCAGAGGUAACGGCAGGGGAGAAGAAGGAGGAUUAACCCUUCAUCUCCCACAAGAACAGAAAUAAAAUACACAGGACCAAUGAGCAAAAUAGAGCUAUAAUGGAAAACUUGAGAAGAGCUCUGGUAGAAAAUAAUGACAUACAUUACAAUCAUUGGGAGACAAAUCCACAAAGAACUCUCAUGAACAAAGAAGAAUUUUUUAAUCGGCCGAGUGACGAGAGCCAGAGGAAACCGAUGUAUUAUAGAACACAUGCAACGGCAACAAUUGCUCUGUGCUCAAUGUCCCACACCAAUCAGAUUCCUAACUUCUUUAAAAUUUAAAUGGGCUAAAUCAGUAAAGCCAAUGUCCCAACACAUAAAAUGACUAGCAUGCCAUUUUUUGAAAAAUGAAUGACUCGGUAGGGCCUUUUUUUGUGUAGACGAUGUAUGAUAAUACUAAUGAACUGAUAACAAAUGUUGGAUUGCCCUUUAGAGUUGCCUAUUUCUAUGUGUGUUACGCCACAAUUCACUGACAUGGGUUUGUUUGAAUUACCAUAGUAUGUGUGUAGAUGUCCCCCAGGCAUGGGACACUCAAACUACUCUAGAUUGCCUUCAAGUUUGGUGUUUAAUAGGGAAUUUUAUAAUGAUGAGCUUUUACCUAUGGUUUACUGUUUGGGUGCACUAACUGAUACUAAUUGAACCCAGUAGCUCAGGCUAUGGUUCUAUUGAUUGUUUACUAUAAUCAAACUGUAUUCAACAGGUUUAUAAA